AUGAGUGCUACAAACAAAGCUAGUCGUGGUCAAAAGAAAUACAACCAUACAACUGGCACAAAACGUUUUGCACAAAUUAGAGCAGCGCAGAAAGAGAAUGGUGGAAGUACACCAACACGUGAUGCUAUGUUUAACGUCUGCUAUACAAAAAAAGAUAAGAGUGUAACUGAUACAACGAAAGAAGUAAUGGUACAAUUACAAGAGAAACAAGACUUGAAUGAAGAUGUAUCAAAGGAAAAGGGUAUGAAUGACACUUUCUCUGAAGUAAUGGGUAAAGAAAAAUACGGAUCAGUCCGUAUGUACGGUUUUGGUGUUUGCCCAUCUGACGUAUGGGAAAACAAAUCCACCAAGAAAGGAAAUCAAAAGAAGUAUAUACAGACUCUAGAAGCUGAAUUGAAAGAAUUAAAAUCUCAAGUUCAAGCCAACAAGCAAAAUUACAAUGCAAAUGACACAUCUAUUAUACCUGACAUGGCUCUUAAUUACAAUGACAAUGCCACUUCUUCACAACUGGCCAAAAAGCCUUGUAUGUCACAUAACAAGGAAUCUCGACGUCAGUUGUGGUUUUCAUCUUCAGCAUAUGAUAUUCCAAUUGUUGAGGUUGGUGAAAUGGUUAAUCUUAAGAGUGUUACUGCUGAUCCUGAAACAAUUGCUAUUGGUCUAGUUGUUAAUAAAGAUUCAUCAAAAUAA